AUGGCCGUCAGAGCCCAGUUCGAAAACUCCAACGAAGUUGGUGUCUUUGCGACAUUAACCAACUCAUACUGCCUGGUGGCGCUGGGCGCUAGCGAAAACUUCUACAGCGUGUUCGAGGCCGAACUUCAGGAUGUCAUUCCCAUUUGCAGGACGACAAUUGCUGGCACACGCAUCAUUGGCCGGUUAACAGCUGGCAACCGCAAAGGCCUCCUUGUUCCCACCACCACUACGGACCAAGAACUGCAGCAUCUGCGCAACAGUCUUCCCGAUGACAUACGGAUUCAGCGCAUCGAAGAGCGCCUGUCGGCACUGGGCAACGUGAUCGUGUGCAACGACCACACAGCACUAAUCCACCCGGACCUGGAGCGCGAGACAGAGGAGAUCAUCGCCGACGUGCUGGGCGUCGAGGUCUUCCGGCAAACGAUCGCCGACCACGUCCUCGUCGGCUCCUACAUGGCGCUGUCCAACCAGGGCGGCCUCGUCCAUCCCAAGACCAGCAUCCAGGACCAGGACGAACUCAGCUCCCUGCUGGGCGUCCCCCUCGUUGCUGGCAGCGUCAACCGCGGUAGUAAUGUCAUUGGUGGUGGUAUGGUUGUCAAUGACUGGCUCGCUGUGACGGGUCUUGAUACGACGGCCCCUGAGCUCAGCGUCAUUGAAAGUGUCUUCAGGCUGGGCGAGGGUGCUGGACCCGGCGCGAUCAACACCAGCAUGAAAAAUACUAUCGUCGAGUCUUUUUACUAA